CCCACCUGGAUAUUCAGUUCUGUUGUGUUGUGUGCUAUUGCUUGUUCCAUAGGGUUGGAAUUAUUUAGCAAGAUUCACGCAUCGCUGUUUAGCACACGGUCGGUGCAGUGGACUGGUGCCGUGCGAAUAAAUUAGUGUCGAGUUGGUCCCGCAGUUUCGCGUGCUGGCGCCCAUGAUGCUGACUGUGGUCCUAAUUCUGACGCUGGGCAUUGCUCUGGCCCUUGAAAAUGUGAUCAAUAUUCCCGGCUCACUUCCUGUGCGGCUGGCAGACGGGGAGUCGUGCUCUGGCAGAGUGGAGGUGUACCGCGGCCCCCAGUGGGGGGCGCUGUGCGUGCAGGAGUGGGGCCAGCGCGAGGCUAACGUGGUGUGCCGGGAGCUGGGGUGCGGCUGGGCCACCGUGGGCAUGCCGCCCCUCAACGCCCUGUUCGGGUGGGAGGGACCGGUCGUCUGGCUGGCCAGCAUCCAGUGCUCGGGCGAGGAGGAGGAACUGGGCCAGUGCUCCGUCCGCGGCCUCCUGAGGGCGUCGCGGGACGCCCGCUGCCCUCCCCACGACACCGUGGCCGUCCGGUGCUCAGACGACCUGCACACACCACAGAUCUGGUACAACGCGUCUGUGCCGGCGGGCCCCUCCCGCGUGGUGCGGGGCCACAGCUUCAACGUGACGUGUGCCGUGCCCCACCUGUACCUGGGCAGCUCCAUCCAGCUCCGGCUGGUCCGCUCCAACGGCACGGAGCGGCAGACCGUGUCCGCCCUGGCCCCCUCCGUCACCUUCAGCUUCCCCAGCGCACAGGCCUCCCAUGAGGGCUACUACUACUGCCUGCACCGCUUCCAGCUGGGCCCCCGCGUCUUCACCUCCCGCGAGAGCCAGCCGCUCCCCAUCAUACUCACGGAGCCGAAGCCACUGCUGAGUGCCAUGGAGGUGAGCUGGCUGGCGUCUGCGGUCAUAUUCGCGGUGGCGGUGCUGGGGAUCGUGGCGGUGGCCUGCGGCCUACGGAGAAGGAGGCGGAGCCUCACCGAGCUGGAGAGAGGCCGCAGGGCUUGUGUGGAGAACACAUACGUGGCCUUACCAGUUAAGUAAGGGGAGGACCAAACACUCUGAAACUGCAGAGAUCCAGAUCCAGUGGUGUGUGUUGCAGUGGAGCUGCAGGACUGAGUGGUGUGGUAACCCAGACUGAGCUGUGGGGAGGGGGGGGUCAGGAUGGGAGAGGACUACAUUGCCCACACUGCACCUCUCUCCAUCUUCCUCUGGACAGAGGAACAGAACCUCCUCACACAGGAAAUGACUAUGGAUGGACGAAGAGUGAAAGUCCAUUGCUACCAGCACUAAAAGCUGAUCACACUGACAACAAAGCACAAUUGUGUCACUGGCUUUUGGACUUUUUGACCAUGUUUUUCAAAGGGGAAACUGAAAACCUGCCAGCCAACCGCUUGGGCCAAUACCGGGGCUAACUUUCAAGACUGAAUCUACUUUCCUAAUCUAGAAAACGGGAAAGACCGAGGCGGUCCCUGGAAUUAAACAGCGGAACAAUACAGUCCAAGCAUUUGACUUUGUUGGAAUAAGAGCUGCCAACAGGCAAGGCGAUGCACUUGCCCUUCAUCAGCCAUUAAGCUGGCAUUGCGCCGUGGUUUGGCAGCGGUGCAGAUCGGAGAGCACACCGGUUCCCUGCCGGCUGUACCCGCUUCCUGGGCAAUACUGGCUAUGAGAGCUCGGAUACCCACGGGAUGCGGGCGGGACCUUACUGAGUGUCGACUCACGGAUUCUGCUGGGCGCUGUUUUACUCAAAUUAAGGACAGUCAAGGAUUCCUUACCACACGUUUCUAUGACUUUGAUUAUUUUUCUGAUGGUUUUCUCUGGCAUCUCUGCUACAUACACUUCCUUGUUUACAGUGACUAUGCCUCGACUGGCAUCAACCAGGCUUUCACAAGGAAAAGAAAAAUCGGCUCGGCUGUCUGCUUAUUAUUUUUAUUAUUACAUCUCACAGCUUUAGCGUGGAUUAUUAGUAAUUGCUUCCAGUCUUAUUUUGCCGGUCCACUAUUUCCUUGAAUAUUUUAUGAUUUUCAUGAACGUUCCAGGUUAAUCUAUUAAUUUAUUAUAUGUGACCUGCCCUAUCAAAAUCAGUCGCAUUGACCCCAAAACGUAUGUUGAGUUUUAGAAAGAGGAGCAUGUAGCUUAUACCAGUUAUCUCUCUACUCCAGAUAUCAAGGGAUACGUGUCCCGUUUCAUUUUUAGGGCCACAGACUAUGUUUUUGACAAAAACAGCUACAAAGUUUUGGCGUGAGAGCUACAUGAGGCUGGGAGACUACCAACACUGGGCUAAUGAAACUCUGGGGCUAUAACUUCAUCUUAUGAAUAAACCCUUUAAAACCAUAUUUUUACUCUGAACAUUUACUCUUAAGACAUAAAGACCAUGAAAUGAAAGGUCCUAAAUAAACAUACUAUACAUUUUACACUGCAUUUGAGUAAUUUGGCAGAAUAGUUAAAAACUGAAUCAAAUCAAUAUUUUUUGUAUGACCACCCUUCGGCGUUAAAACGGCAUCACUUCUCUCAGAUAGCCAACGCUGUCCUGCAGUUCUAUAAGACACUCAGCAGGGAGGUUUUUCCAAGCAUUUGGAGAACUUGCCACAGUUCUUCUGCAGACUUUGGUUGGCUCCUUGCUUCUGAUCUCAGACAGCCUUGAUCAAGUUUUUAUGUAAAAAGUUGUCAAUUGCUUACAGUAAUGUUCCUUUUUUAAAUUACAGACAAAAGCGUCUCUGUAAAAUUAAAUCUUUUGGAAAAUUAA